UCUGUGCCCCUGAUAUUGAAUGUCAAAAAAGUUAAAGGUUAGGGUCAAGUUUUGGAGUUUUAUUUUGAUAUUUAACAAAGCUAAACCUUGAAAAAGUAAGAUUGCUUAUUCCUAGUGAUUUAAAAUUUGAUUGGUUUCACAAUUUGAAGUAAUGAAUGUUCAAAUACAUGUACUUGUUGUGAAAUAGUAGCGCCUGUUUAUUACGCAGCAGCGCACAAAUAAAACUUUUUAAACCAAGAUAAUUGUAAGAAAACUUUAUCAGCAUGCCAGAGAUUAAGAUAACUCCGCUGGGCGCUGGCCAAGAUGUCGGAAGAAGUUGUAUUUUGCUGUCAAUGGGGGGUAAAAACAUUAUGCUUGAUUGCGGGAUGCAUAUGGGUUAUAACGAUGAGAGGCGGUUCCCAGACUUCUCUUACAUAGUUCCGGAAGGUCCCAUUACGAGUCAGAUUGAUUGUGUCAUCAUAUCACAUUUCCAUUUAGAUCACUGUGGAGCCCUCCCAUACAUGUCCGAGAUGGUGGGCUACACAGGUCCCAUCUAUAUGACCCACCCCACCAAAGCGAUAGCGCCGAUAUUGCUAGAGGACAUGAGGAAAGUUGCAGUAGAAAGAAAAGGUGAAUCAAACUUCUUCACUUCCCAAAUGAUUAAAGAUUGUAUCAAAAAAGUAACAGCUGUUACAUUACAUCAAUCAGUCAUGGUUGACAAUGAAUUGGAAAUUAAAGCUUAUUAUGCUGGUCAUGUGCUUGGCGCUGCUAUGUUUUGGAUCAAAGUUGGCUCCCAAUCUGUUGUCUAUACUGGAGAUUAUAAUAUGACCCCAGACAGGCAUUUAGGAGCAGCAUGGAUUGAUAAAUGUAGACCAGAUUUGUUGAUCUCAGAAUCUACAUAUGCCACUACCAUAAGAGAUUCAAAACGCUGUCGUGAAAGAGAUUUCCUGAAAAAAGUGCAUGAAUGUGUUGAAAAGGGAGGAAAAGUGCUUAUUCCAGUAUUUGCUUUAGGCAGAGCACAAGAAUUGUGUAUUUUGUUGGAAACUUACUGGGAACGUAUGAACUUAAAAUAUCCUGUAUACUUUGCAUUGGGAUUAACGGAAAAGGCUAACAAUUACUACAAAAUGUUUAUCACAUGGACCAAUCAAAAAAUCCGAAAGACAUUUGUACAGAGGAAUAUGUUUGAUUUUAAACACAUCAAGCCUUUUGACAAAUCAUACAUUGAAAACCCUGGUGCAAUGGUGGUAUUUGCUACACCAGGCAUGUUGCAUGCAGGGUUAUCUUUAAAUAUAUUUAAAAAAUGGGCACCAUACGAGCAAAACAUGUUAAUUAUGCCUGGUUUCUGUGUCCAGGGCACUGUCGGUCACAAAAUUUUAAACGGUGCUAAGAAGGUUGAGUUUGAAAACCGUCAAGUAGUUGAAGUAAAAAUGGCUGUUGAAUAUAUGUCCUUCUCAGCACAUGCUGACGCUAAGGGCAUCAUGCAGUUAAUACAAUACUGCGAACCAAAGAAUGUGUUAUUAGUGCAUGGAGAGGCUCAAAAGAUGGAGUUUCUGAAAGACAAAAUUGAGAAAGAGUUCAAGAUCAGCUGUUAUAUGCCAGCUAAUGGAGAAACAACUGUAAUAAAUACUCCGACUAAAAUUCCAAUUGAUGUAUCUUUACGUUUAUUGAAAGCUGAAGCAGUAAGAUACAAUGCUCAGCCACCAGAUCCAAAAAGAAGAAGAGUAGUCCAUGGUGUACUUUGUGUCAAAGACAAUAGACUGUCGUUACUAGAUCUAGAUGAAAUUUGUGAUGAAAUAGGUAUAAACCGGCAUAUUAUUAGGUUUACAAGCACCGUGCGUUUUGAUGAUCCCGGCCCCUCGGUCAAAACAGCAGAAAAACUUAAAUCGCUCCUUGCAGAGAAAUUGCAAGGUUGGUCUAUAACCAUAUCAGAUGGCAAUAUUUCUGUUGAAUCUGUGCUUAUAAAGGUUGAAGGAGACGAUGAUCAUACUAAAAGUAUUUAUGUCUCUUGGACAAAUCAGGAUGAGGAUUUGGGUAGUUACAUUCUGGGACUACUACAAUCCAUGGUGCAGUAAAGCUUUCACCUAAGAUUCACCAAUCACAUAUAUUUCUGUCUUGACUUUUUAUAUCGAUACAAAUAAUGAGUUUCCCUUUUACAUUGUUCCUACAAUACUGUCACAUUUAUAAGUUACAGUGACAUUAUUUGUUAGAGCAGUAAAGAGUAAUUCAACACUGAUUAAAAAAGAUUUUAAAUGAAAGUAAAAAAAAAUUAAAUACAUCUUACAAAUGUUGUGUAUUUUGUUGCAAACUUGCGAUUCGCAACCAAGAUGCGUUCAACCAAUAUUGUCAUUUGUUGUAACUUAAAAGAGUGUUAGUAUGGAAUGUACUUAUCAAUUCCCAACACACUUACCUGCCUAUACUUGUGAUUAUCAUUGCCAUUGAUAUUAUUGCAUUGGGAUUACUGCAAUUAUCAUUAGUAUCAAAACUAUAAGUUAAAAUCCUCUAAAAUUUGGUUGCUAAUAAAAAAUGUGAAAUGAAAUUGUAGCAUUAGGAAGGCCACUUGUGAUUUCCUGAAACCUUAACCCAUGAUGAAGGAUGAGUUGAGUGUUUUAUGUUCUCCGCACACCUUACCAGAUUCUUUGACUCAACACAGACUCCACCGAUAAAAGCAUUGAAAAGUGAGCUUUAUAUAAUGUGAUGUAAAGGUAACUUUCAAAACUAUCUUACACAAUAUAAAGCUCACAUUUCAAGACAUUUACCUAUGUCUAUUUUGGGAACGUAGGCCAUUGUGCUUAACCAAUACCGGCAAUUUCGAUGAUCGCAAU